AUGGAUGGUUGUGGAAUGAUCAACGUAUACAACCUCAGGAAGUUAGUGCAUAGAUGGACCAAACCUAAUAUUGGCUGUCUAAAGAUGAAUGUUGACGGCGCCUGGCAGCCCGGGAGUAGCGAGGGCGGCAUAGGCAUUGUUGUUCGCAAUGAAGAUGGCACGGGAAGGAGUGUUAUUGGCGGAGGAAAGGGGUUUGCGUAA